UCCGGACUGAGGUCAGACUUGGCACUCCCACUGAGUAGCUGUAUAUAUUUGGAUAAGUUAACAGCCUUUUUAGGAACCUGUUUCUUUCUUUAUAAAGUAGGGUAACUUUGCUCACAGGCUCUCUGCAAGGACUGAUCAAUUCCAAACGUAUCUUGCCAGAUGCUGGCCUAGGCGCUGAUAGAGCAUCCCUAAACAAGCCAGACAGGGCUUCUUCCCUCACAGAGCUUGCAGAGUGAUGAGGUCGGACGAGGUGACGCGGGGAACCCAGAACUGCAGGUGGAAGGGCAGGCGCCUGCCUGGCAAAUGGGAAGCUGGGGGCCUGCGACUGCGCAUGCGCACAUCUAUAACAGUAUACUGAAAACCUUUCAAGGGAUCCCAGUUUCCCUUCACGUCGCCGUCAUUCUAGAGUGUAACUCCAGGGCGGGAAGAACUCUGAAAUGCUGCCUUUGGUACUUAGAAUUCGGGGCUGUGCCUCCGCAGCCAGCUGUUUGAAAACAUUUGGACUGCGCACGCGCAGUAUGGCGCGACCUGCUCAUCUCGGUCCUGGAUUGGUGGGAUUGGGUCACGUGGCUGCGCCGCUCUUCCUCCAGGCAGGGCGCCUGCCCGCUGGCUUAUUUCCGGUUCGGUGGGUCCGAGAUGACAGAAUCGAGCGCCUCUCCGGAGGACCCAUGGGUCAAGGGAUCGGGGUCUGACGGGCUUCUCCUUUGCCCGGUGCCGCAGGUGGAGUAUGCCUACAGCGAUAACAGCCUGGAUCCCGGGCUUUUUGUAGAAAGCACCCACAAGGGAAGUGUAGUGUCCAGAGCUAAUAGCAUCGGUUCUACCAGUGCCUCUUCCGUCCCCAACACAGAUGACGAGGACAGUGAUUACCACCAAGAGUCCUACAAGGAGUCCUACAAGGACCGCCGGCGGCGAGCACACACUCAAGCCGAGCAGAAGAGGAGGGAUGCCAUCAAGAGAGGCUAUGAUGACCUUCAGACCAUCGUCCCCACCUGCCAGCAGCAAGACUUCUCCAUUGGCUCCCAAAAGCUCAGCAAAGCCAUUGUUCUACAGAAAACCAUUGACUACAUCCAGUUUUUGCACAAGGAGAAGAAAAAGCAGGAGGAGGAGGUAUCCACCCUUCGCAAGGAUGUCAUGGCCCUAAAGAUAAUGAAAGUGAACUAUGAGCAGAUUGUGAAGGCACACCAGGACAACCCUCAUGAGGGGGAGGACCAGGUCUCUGACCAGGUCAAGUUCAAUGUGUUUCAAGGCAUCAUGGACUCCCUGUUCCAGUCCUUCAAUGCCUCCGUCUCAGUGACCAGCUUCCAGGAGCUGUCAGCCUGUGUCUUCAGCUGGAUUGAGGAGCACUGUAAGCCUCAGACCCUCCGGGAGAUAGUGAUUGGAGUCCUGCACCAACUGAAAAACCAGCUUUACUGACCAGCACUUGGAAACCUGCAGAACAGCUGAGAAGAAGUUCUUGUUGAGUCUCCUUUUACUUGGCCACAGAGCUGGUGGGCCUGAGAUUGGACUGUGUCACCUCACAGAGCUGGUUUCUACUUGGUGUUUGGUUCUCCCAGCUUUGCACCCUCUCCUCAGUGGGACUGGGAGAUUUGUGUUGUGAAAGCUUCUGAUUAAUUUAUUAUAUAACCAUAAAACUCAAACCUACCCAGUCUCCCUCUCCACCCUGCUCCCAUGACAGUCCUCGGGAUGGAGGUCUGCUCUGGACAUCUCAGCCCUUUUUCAGAACCUCAGAUUUCUGCUCAUGAGCAACAGAUAUUUGGACACUACUGUUUGCGUGUUUUGGUCUGUUGGGCAGCAUUCAGCCCAUGUUUGGCCAUUGUGGCAGAAAUAGUUGGAUGGGAGAAAGGGAGUGAGAGGCAGCCUUGUGCCAAGGCUGGAGCUGCCUGGGCAGUCCAAGGUGAAGCCAGGGCUUCCUGGCUGGCCCAGGGGAAGGCUCCGAGGUUCAUGCCUUUACCCCAUGCUCUACCCCCGGUCCUUCCUCCUGUUCUCUGGGCAGUAGGGGAAACAACCUCCCCAUUUAUUCUUGCCCCCCUCUGUUCCCACAGGUGGUAGCACUGCACGGCAAAGGCAGGUGUGACAGCAUCACAUAGUUUAACAUUUUUAUUUUUCUAAAUACCAACGAUGCAAUUUUGCUAAAGUUACAAUUUUGAAAAAUUAUCUGGGCCUCAACUAAAAUCACUCCCAGCCUCUGUCAAGUUCAUCUGGGUCGUCACCUUUUGUAAGUGCUCCCCAGACUUGGGGGUAAGGUGAUGGGGUGCAGAAGAUAUGCUAAAGACCUUCUGGGGUGCACAAGCCAGGAGAGUCCUUGUUGCAGCCAUGGGUUUCUCAAAUGCUGGUGUAUAAAUAAUAAUCUCUCCCUACACCCCCACCCCCCAAGCUCCCUUCUGCCUUCCUCACAUUUAAUAAUCUGGGAAUUUUGACUGUCCCGAGGAAAUUAAGUAUUUUUAUACCAAAUUACAUUACAAUAAAUAUUGUCAAAUGUUUCCCUUUUGCACUGUUCUAAGUCUAAGUGUUAAGCUCAACCAGUUGCAAAGUGGACAAUGAAAUCAGUAUGACCAUCCACUCAGGACCACCAGCCCUUCCUCCUGCCACCCAACACUCUGGUGUGCCCCUCUCCCACCUGCUUUGCUCAAGGGUGGAAAGCAGCAGAAGCAACAGCAGCAAAAAAGAAAAAAAAAAAGCCAACCUCCACGAGGCAGCCAGUCCAGGACAUCUCUCUGUUUCUUUCCCCCAGGCCUGCCAGAAGGCUUCAGGGGUCUGGAAGUGUGACGUUGUAAUCUUCAUCUGUCUCUAUCCCAACUUCCUCCUGUGGGGCAUGGAGAAAAGUGAAUGAGACCUCCCUGGACAAAGACCCCAGGGAGGAGGGAAGGGAGAGAGUACCACUUACAAAGAACUGCUUCUUGUUCUUGGGGUAUCCUUCAAGGAUUGCAUCAGACAGUUCUGUUGCCUGACAAGAAAGAAAACUACCUUUGUUUAGAUGGGGCAGUACUGGGCACUGCCUGAUGGCCCCAUGGUAUUAAACAGCCAUUUCCCCAAUGGCUGUCAUUUUCCAAAAGCAUUCCAGGGCCUGCCUUGGAGCUCCACCACACUUACCAUCCUCUUCCGCUUCCUCCACUCCUUACAGUACUUCUGCCUUUCUCUGUAUACCUAGACAGAAGAAAAAAUGUUCCUCUGCCCACCUCAGCCCCACAGCACCCACUAGGCCUCAAUCUUUGCCUUCACUCUAGAUCCGCACAGGCAGCUCUCCCACCUUCUACCCUCCAUCUCAACUCACCUGCUCCUUCUCUUCAGGAGUCACAUGGUUGGUGGCUGCCUUGAUGUUCUUCAGUCUCUCUGUGUAGCUGGCACAUUCCUUCUGUAACUCUUGGACCUCUUUCUGCAUCUCCGGAGUGGUCAGGGCACUAGUUAAUUCCUUCAGCUCUGAAACCACACCUCCCUGGGGUCACUUGCUACCCCUGAGAAAGGGGUUCUUUCUUUCCCAGUAGGUGCUCCCUAAAGUGGGAGACCAUGCCCCCACCUUGCUCUGGGAUCUAUACACAGGGUCUAGAAUAGAGUCCCCCAUUCUGAAAAUGCUCAGGAAAAUAAAGCUUUCAGAAUUA